CAAUGUCGCUGCCACAGACGUUAUAAUGGCACAGAUAUAAAGAUGAGUCCUCUAUCUAUCUCUAUGCCCACAUAGAGACGAUAGGAUUAUGGUUUAGCUUGCGAAUUAGUUUUAUUUUAGAUUGUUUCUUUUCUUUUUUGUUUUCCUUUAAUUUUGUGUUUUGGACAGAUUAUUAGAUGGAGAACGGUGGUUUAUCAUGAAACUCCAGACUCAGUAUGACAGGAGUGAUUCCAAAAGAACGUUGAAAUCGAGGGAAUCACCAACUGUGAUGCAGCCUAACUCCAGCGAGCUGGGUGCUCAUCAGGCAGGACAUGGUUUGUCCCUGACAUUACUGCCAGAACUACUGACCAGGACACCAGCAGGGGCUACCGGGGGCUCUGCUAUCCCGGAGACUAGUGGAGAGGUCCGGGUACCUAUCCUCUCCAGCGGGCCCUGGGAGUCAUGUAGAGGAGGGGCGUCAUCCCGUAGGUCCAGAGCCAGUUCCAGAACCAGUUCCCACAGCCACUCCCAUUCACAUGGUGGGGGACACCAGCACUCCCACAGUGAGGCGGACCCGGCUGAUGCUGAUCUGGAGUCAGGGGAGCCCAGCACCUCAUUCUCAGAGCUGCGCUACCUCUUCCGCUGGGUUCAGAAGAGUCUUCCUUUCAUAAUCAUCCUCUGUGCUAAACUGGUCAUCCAACAUGCCCAAGGUCUAGCUGUUGGAGUUGGCUUAUUUACAACUUUUCUUUACGCGAAUAAGAACAUUCAAACCCAAGUCUUUCUUCAGGAUCGUCGGUCAAAGAUAGAGUGCGUAUGGCUGCUCCUCUUCCUGGCGUCCUCCACACUCCUGCUUUACUACACUUUUCUCACUGAGACACUUUACUAUUGCCUCAUCUUCCUGAGCCCGGCUGUUGAGCCCCUGGGUUUCUGGGAGGUCCUAUGGGUGGUGGGCGUCACCAACUUCACACUCAAGUUCCUUAUCAUGGGGUUCAAGUGCCUUAUCCUACUGCUGCCCUCUAAACUGGUGACCUACAGAGCCCAGGGGCGGUGGUACAUGCUGACUGAAGAGGUGGGCCAGUUGUACCAGGCUGUGGCUCCCACCCCGCUGUGGUUCCGCUACCUGGUCACCUACCAGAAAGUGGAUGGAAACACUGGCCUCACCCUGGGAGUCCUGCUGGCUCUGGUCUACUUCAUACUCAAGCUUUUAGGAUUGUAUGGACAGUGGGGGUCUUUCCAGAAAACAGUGAGGAUAUUUCUAAGUGGUGAGCACACGGGGGCAGCAGCCACCAGGAGCCAGUGCAGUGAGGCUGGGGACAUCUGUCCUAUCUGUCAGGCAGAGUACAGAGACCCAAGGGCCCUCCUGUGUCAGCACAUUUUUUGUGACGAGUGCAUUGCUCUCUGGUUCAACCGGGAGAAGGUGUGUCCACUCUGCCGCACGGCCAUCACAGACAAGGUCCACAAGUGGAGGGACGGGGCCACGUCACCUUACCUCCAAAUCUACUGAGAGAAGGAGACACUGUUUGCGAUGUGUGAAUGACAGUUGUAUUGACAGCUAUACUCCACUCCUCAUUGGCUUGUGAAGCUGAUGACCACACUGUUCCUCCAUUCAUUAAGGGCUGUGCCCACUACUGGCCAUGUCAGUAAGGGCACAUCAUAUUUGCAAUAGGAUUGGGAUUCAUUCAGCACCAUGGCAUGUUACUGUUACUGCUGCAACUCCCUCUCCGACCAUCACUUUUCUACACGACUGACUGACGAUAGUUCUCUCUGCAUGCCCUCUAGUGCUCUUUUUAGUUUAUCUGCUUUUCUUUUCAAACAUUUAUAUUUUUUUAUCAGGAUGUGGAAAUAUUGUUUUGUUUUGACAGCCAGCCUAAAAAAACAGAACAGACAGCCUCUUUCUUUAUUAGACAGAGCUGUCAGGGAAUAGCCUGGAACCACAUCUGUGUUUGCCAUUGACCAUAGGAGUUGGCAAGACAGCACAAACUGAUCUUGCACCAGGCUAGUCCGGGAAUACCUGGGGGUUUCUUCUACCUGUAAAUAGGGGUGGGUUCAUGAGAGGAAUAUGUUAGAAUAUAGAAGUAUUUCAAUCAGAUUUAUUAUAUCACUACCUCCUAAAUCAUAACAAAUGCAGACACAUUUUGAUCUGUGUUUGGUAGAUACUCUGUCUUUCAAACACUUUUCUCUUCGAGUGGCAAAGGAUCCUGCGUGUUGCAAAGGGGAUGCCAUUCUGUGUCUGAUAUAGGCACUCAGGCUAGUAGUGGUUAAAGAUCAAGAAGGUACUCAACACCUUGAGAAACAAUAACAAACACAAAGGUUGAUGAUAUUUAAGAAGUUCUUAAUUUUGGGGAUUUGUUAUUGACAAAUGAGAUUGUGAGAUUUGGUUUGAUCCAUAAAUUAUUUUUCUAAAGCGAUGAUGGUUACAGCCUUUUUGAAAACCAAAGAGUGGGAGAAUCCAUUUAUUUUAUUACCAUAUUUAAUUAUGUAGUGAAAUCAGUUCAUUUUUUAUCUUGCAUAAAGUCAUUCAAUCAACAAAUGAAAUUAAAUAUCAAAUUCCUUUUCUUUUCAAUUAUAGCCUACUAACAAUUGGCUCUGGGCAUUUACAUUUACUCAUGAUAUAAUACACACAAACAUGUUUAAGCAUGUUAUGAACCAA